AUGCACGUCGCCGAAAGUAGUAUAUCAGCAUACCAAAUAUCACAAACUCUUCUUUUGUCUGUUUCCACAAUUGCUUAUUGUGCUGCGUAUGAUCACAGUGCAGGACAUGCAGUUUUUGUCGUUAUUUCUGUAUUGCUAUUUCAUUUUCUUGUAACAGGUGCAAUUUUGGCUACUUGCUGUUGGUUUUUCACUAACAAUUAUCUCCGAGAAGAAGCUUUGAACAGCCAUGUGGUGGAGCAACGGGUGGAAUGGUUGUAUGCCUUUGACGUACACUGCAACUCUUUCUUCCCUGUGUUUGUGCUGCUUUAUGUCGUUCAUUAUUUUCUUUCACCUCUGCUGGUCGCCCAUGGUUUUGUUCCUGAAUUGCUGUCGAAUCUACUAUUCAUGGUGGCUGCUUCCUACUAUCACUACCUAAAUUAUUUGGGUUAUGAUGUAUUACCAUUCCUGGAGAGGACCACUUUAUUCCUGUAUCCAAUUGGUGUUGUUUUCGUUCUUUCCCCUAUAUUAAUUCUGACUGGAUUCAACCCUUCGAGACAUGCCAUGAACAUGUAUUUCAGUCGAGUGCUCUAG